GCCCUGCCCGUGUCCCCCCUCCGCGUGCGGGGCUUCUGGCCGCUGCUGACGGCGCUCUGCACCGCGCUCCUCUGCCUCUACCAGGCGCUGCGCGGCAGCGCGGCCGGCGAGGGCGCGGGGGGCCCGGAGGACGCGGCGGCGGAGGCGGCGGCGGAGGCGGCGGGGUCCGGGCUGCCGCUGCUGAAGGGCUCGGCGCUGCUGCUGCUCGGCUGCCUGCUGGCCCGCUGCUACGGCGCGACGGGCGGCGGCUCCGGGCGCGGCGGGGCGCGGGGCGCGGCGGGGGCGCGGCGCGGAGCCCUGGAGCGGUUCCACGCGCGGCAGCUGCGGGUGUCGCCGCACGUGCUGGGGCACAGCAAGGCGCACGUGGGCCGGGUGGUGGCCGAGCUGGUGCGCGCCGCCAAGGCGCAGGGGCUGCAGCCCGGCCCGCUGGCGCUCAGCCUGCGCGGGGACUUCGUGCGCAUCGGCAGCGCCUACGAGCAGCACAAGGUGCGCAGCCCCGACUGCUUCGACAUCCUGGUGCCCCUGCGGCUGCCGCCGCACCUGGAGCCGCAGCCGCGCUGCGCUGACGGGCUGGGGCCGUGCGGCGCCUUCGUCUGCGGCCUGCGGGCGAGGGACGGCUGGACACGACGCUGCCGGCCCUUCGCCGAGGGCUUCUGCGUGGAGCUGCAGGGCCGCAGCCACCUCUCCUCGGGGCUGGUGCUGCGCUGGUUCCAGGGCCAUCUGCAGCGGUGCCUGGGCGCCGUGCGCUAUCGGCUGCAGGAGCGGUGCCGCGUCAGCCUCUCGGCGUGCCCCGGGCAGCCCCCCACGCUGCACAUCCUGCCCUGCUCUGACUACGUGUGCUGCCACAUCUCCAUGGCCGUGCGCCUCAUCCCGGCCAUCCCUCUCGGCGACGCCCUCUACCUCACGGCCCUGCCGCCCGGGGGCCCCCACGGCUCCCCGGCCCCCGAGGCGCUCUGGGGCCUCAACGCCUCGCGGCAGGAGCAGCGGCUGCUGGGCUGGCUGAAGGAGCAGGCCCCGGCCGCCUCCUGCCACCUCAAGUGCCUGCAGAUCCUCAAGGGCCUGCGGGACCUCCGCGGGCACGGCCUGGAGGAGCCGUUCUGCUCCCAGUGGGGCCGGGUGCUCUCCUCGUACGUACUGAAGACGGCCCUCUUCUCCCUGCUGCUGCAGGGGCCCUUGGAGGCCUGGGAUGAGCAGUUCCUGGUGGAGCGGCUGGAGGACCUGGUGCUGUACCUCAGGGACUGCCUGCGCAAGCAGGUGCUGAUGGAUUUCUUCCUGGGCAACACCAGCCUCCCCGAGGCCGUGGCGCUGCCCCGGUUCCUCAAGGAAGCCGCCCCUGUGAACUUGCUGUCUGCUUUUGACGGGCCCACGCUGGACCUUGUGGCCUUCCAGCUGGUCAGCACGUGGGUGCAGGCCCCGCACAUCAUCAGGAUGUACAGCAGCCCCCGGUACUGGCGCCCGGUGCCCGCCCCGUGCCGCCACAGCGCUGAGGCCAAGCGGGAGCUGCCAGCGGGAGAGUGAGCUGGGAGAGCUGCUGGCACCUGGGACUCUCCAUCACACACUCCAGACUCACCGGUGCUGGGAAAGCUGCUGGCACCCGAGACUCUCCAUCACACACUCCAGACUCCCCGGUGCUGGGAGAGCUGCUGGUACCCAAGACUCCAUCACACACUCCCGGCUCCCCAGUGCUGGCACCCCAGACUCUCCAUCGCACACACCCAGCUCCCUGGUGCUUCAGGAACCUGCAUCUGCCUGAGGAUGCUGGGACUGAUGAAUUGUGCUUCUGUGGUUCUGUUCCUGCCCUGAGAAGAGCGGGCCAAGACUUACUGAAGUUGUGAUUUUCAUUCUCAUUGGUUUUACGUGGGGAAAUUCUGACAUUUCUGGGGAAAUGCCUUAGUCCUCAAGCCUUUGGUUUACAGUUUGCAAACUAAAAGGCUCAAACUGAAAUUUUUAGAAAUCCGUGUUAACUUCUUGUCUUAGUGGCAAAAUAGCUUUUUCUGAGAUUUUCUUUUUAUGAUGCAAAAUCCAUGUGGGAUUUAAAAAUCUUCCAAGUGCAAACAGCUCAUCCCCCAUCCAUCAAUGUACCAAGAUGUUCCUAAAAUGUGAUAAGCACUAGAGCAUGGGUGUGGAUCACAGUUUGAAAUGCUCAAUGCCAUGCUUUAAAUUUCCUGGGUAAUCGAGCACAUUGUGCUGAACAGAAAUGUAACACAUGUUAAUGUAAACUUGAGGGAAGGAGUGAAACUGCUCUUAUAACAGGAUGAAGAAUCUAGUUUUACAUUUGUGUUCAAGUGAAGGUUAUAUUGAAGGAUUGAAGUGCAGAUAGAAGGAAACAAAUAGCACUUUAUUUUCACAAAGGCCUUAUUUUUAGGAUAAUUGGCUGCACUAAAUAUUGCUAUUGAGGAGGCAUUAGUGUUUUGUUAGAGUGGUAGUUAAAUUACCCCAAGGAAAACCUUUUAAAAGAAAUACUCUGAGGUUCAUUAGUUUGUGGGUUCUAGUUGAGUUCUAUUAUUUGUUUCUGUAUUCAAGUAUUAUUUCCUUAGAAUAUGCUUUACCUCAAGGACCAACAACAAAAUAAGAAAUUCUCUAUUAUAUUUUGGAACAAACUUUAAACCAGUCCAAAUCUCAGUGCCAUAAGUUGACUGUGGCACCCUCCUGCUCCCUGGUAGGAGUUUGGUAGGAUUUUUGGAUAGCUGCCUAACCAGUUGUCUUGAUUGUGUCAGUGUUUGAACCAAAUAACCUUGAUGGAAUUUUCUAGUGCUGUAUUAUAGCAAAUUGUUAUUUUUUUAUGGGGAGAAGAAAGUAAAAUAUUUCAGGGUACUUCAGAAUUAUUUAGCAGUGAUUCGUGGUACAGUAGCAGUCCUGGGCUACAGAUUCUGAUGCCCUCUGAGUAUAAAUAUCAGGCAGAUAAUUGCCACUUUUUAUCUGGUUAUGUCCCAGUUGCUGGAAUAACCUGGUGAGUUGUGAUGCAGCCAGGUUUGCAAGUGUCCUUACAAUGCAGGUGUACCAGGGUAUCAAAAAAUUCAGAAAUUCAAAUCCUUACUUUUUUUGGUCACCUGCUCAAGCAUUCAAUGUAUUAAGUCCCAAAAUGUAUUGCUGGUGCUCAGGAAGCUAAGCAAGUGCCUUAUUACCUGCAGUGCUGUGUCCUGAGAGAGCACUCCCAAAUUGUGAAGGACCACCAAGUGUAACUUCUGGGGAGCUUUAGGAUAGCCUGAAGUAACUAACCUGCUCUUCCUCUCCCUGGUGAAUUGGUGUGCCUUACUCACAGUUCUGUGCAUCAGAACAUGAAACAAACAUUGUCAGAAUCUAUGAAGCUUUAUACAAGUCUAUUUUUCUAAAUGGAAACACUCCCUAGGCAGAUGUUUGCCUACUUUUGUCUAUUUCUUUAACUGCUCUUGCAGUCAUAUUUUCAGGUAAUUAUGGCAUAGGUCACACCCACAAGCUGGGUUAUUUUUGUAUUCGAAGCCCUGUGCUUCUUUCUACAAAUACAAAUAGUGUAUUUAUAGGUAGUAUUGAUCAAAUGUUCUUUGCACAUGGUAUUUAAGACUAAGUCAGCUACAUUCUGGGUUGUUGGGUUUUUUUUGUAGCAGACCAUGAUAUGUACUAUUUUUGCAGGCUUGUGUUUCUUGGCAUUUAAAAUAAGAUUCAAGAUUCAGUUCUGCAAUCAAAGCCAUUGAAUCUUUUGCCCAAAGAAGAACUAGAUGGCCAGCCCAGAGUCCUGUGGCUGCCUGAACUCUUGACAUGAAAAUCCUUGAGUUGUUAAUUCUGGCAUCAUGAUCACUUCAGUCAGCUGUCUGUCUGUUUAUAUCACUGCAUCCCUGUCUCUGGAAAGGGAACUUUUCUCUGGACAGGGGUGUGAAUUUGUUUACUAUGGCCACAAUACAUGGAAAUCUGUAAUGGACUUGGUAAGGAAUUCCUCACUAAAAUGUGGUAAGGUCAGGAGAAGAGAAUUGCAUUGGAAAAUACAUGACAAGAAGAGAUGGUAGAGAAUGUAAAUAGUUUAGAAAAUGAAAGUUGGGCUGAGGGGUGAGUGACAAUGAUGGUAAACUCUCAGUGAGGAUGCACUGCAAACAAGCCAAAGGACAUGGGGUAAAAUUGGAGAACUAUUGAAAGGAAGUGGGUUUGGAGUGUAGGGUAAAGAGAUUUAAGUGGGUUUUGUUUUGACAAUAUUUCCAAAGCAGUUGAGUCCAUCAGGGUAAAAAGUGAGGCAAGCCCUCAGUUCAUUAGCUAUGCAAGUAGAUCUUCAGUGUGAGUUUUUGCUCAGAAGGCAUGCUUUGAGUUGAUGAUGGAGAAAAUGCAUGUGUCUGCUUUCACCUUGAGCUUGGGUGAGCCUUGAGGUGAGGGGCAUCCUGCCAUGAGGCAAUGUGUGUGCACUUGGUGGCUCAGGUGUACAACUGAGAUAUUAAAUGUAUUCCCCUUAUCUGCUCUAAAGCAUGCAUUCAUGAAUAGCAUUGAUGAAAGGAGCUGACAGAAGUUGGGUUUCUGUUACAGCAUUCAUCUUAUUCCACAGAAACAUGACAGCACUGGUGCCUGCUGCGUGCUGGGGCUGUUUUCAGGGCCUUAUCUCCAGGAGGUGUACAGAGAGCUUGACCCAUAUGAGUAAUCCUGUGGCCCUUUUGCCUUCUUCCUCCUCUCCCAGCCCAUGGAUACACAGCAAGGUUAUGCUUACCUGUUUGCUAAGGCUGUAGCUGUUGAAAUGUACCGUGGAUUCAGUAGGGUUGCCUGUAUGUGUGUAAACAGAAACACAAACACAGAAAAAGGAGCAAGUUAUUUAGCACUAACACAGGCUCUUGGUUCUCUUACCUGCAACCUAAUUUUGCAAAGUCUGUGCAAAUGAAGUUGUUUUUAUUCAACAUUGAUUGGGAAGAGGAGUCAGACCUGCAAGAUAAUAAGUUAAUUUACAGUACCAAAAUUCAUGUAUGUAAUUUCAUUUUGUGUUGAAAAAUGCUCUCUAUUUCUCAAAGGCAUUAUAUUUUAUCUGACCAAAUAUCUUGCAAACAUUCCUCUUUUGAUUUCGAAUCUCUGUGGAGUAAUGUAAAUUUUAAGUAUCUUUUUGUAAUGGACAUUCCUGGUACAACUAUUUUUUGCUGGUUAAUCAUAAGACCAAAGAGGAAACUGAAGUGUUCAGCUGCUAAUGUUUUGGUUUUUUAAGUGUUUAUAGGCUCAAAGUGUCAGCCCAUUUUAAUGAAACGUUUAUAAAUUCAUUUCCUAUUUAAUUCCAAAGUACAUUUGCACUUUUAUUGUUUCCAUAAAAAGUUGGUGGUUUUGUUUGAAUAUUUCACUGUCAUAAUAAACAGCUGUGUUAAAGCA